GGAAGCGAAGGACCACGCGGUCGUUACUGUAAAUAAUUUACGAUUUUUUUUCACAUUGGCGUCACUGCUUGAUCACUGGUAAAAACUAUAAACAUCCUUAUCAUUUUUCACUCGUUUGGAAGUUUUUCCCCAAUCACGCCUAAAUUCAAUGGUAAAUAUUUAUUAGUUAAACUACCGGACGGUGGAUCAUAUAUAUAUAUAUAUGUAAUAUAUACUUAUCAGUGCGGCUGUCAUCCACGCGUAGAACGUAGAGACUUCUUUCCAGGUUAUAAUGGCCGACGUUUUAGACUUGAACGCUGAAGAUUUCGUGGAAGAGGAUGACGAGGGAGUCUCGAAACUUAAAGAUAAAGCCAGGAGAAGGAAAGGACGUGGAUUUGAUGACAAAUCUAAAAGAGAAGAUAUUAAAGAUGAAGCCAUGGAAUUUGAUUCUGUCGAUCAAAAUGAUGACGAGGGCCCUGGACCACAAAGAUCUGUUGAAGGUUGGAUUUUGUUCAUUUCUUCUUUACAUGAAGAAGCACAAGAAGAUGAUUUACAUGAUAAGUUUGCUGAGUUUGGAAAAAUUAAAAAUUUACAUUUAAACUUGGACCGUAGAACUGGAUUUUUAAAAGGAUAUGCAUUAGUUGAAUAUGAGUCAUAUAAGGAAGCAUCUCGAGCACGCGAAGGACUUAAUAAUACAGAUAUUUUGGGACAGCAAAUAAGUGUAGAUUGGUGCUUUGUGAAAGGACCAAAAAGGGUUAAAAAAUCAAGGCGCCGAAUGGCUAAUUAUUAACCAUGUAAUUGAAACUCAAGAUAUGUAAAAAAAACUUACACUUUAAUUAAGUUCUUUUUUUGUAAUACAUUUAAUACUAUAAACAAUUUUUUCAUGACUUAUAUUUAAAAAAAAUAAAAGUGUUUUAAUUUA